UCAUAUUCUUUACUUAUAUUUUUACAAUAUUAAAUUAAAUUACUUACAAUAAAAAUACUAAAUACUAUUUAAAUAAUCAGAAUCCGGGAAAGAACUCCCGCAUCAUAUUCUUUAUUCUAAAAAAAAAGUUAGAAAGAGGGUCCUAAAUUCCUUUUGCUUGUGUGCUGCUAUAAAAAGGCCCUUUGGCUGCCAACAAUGCAGUGAAUCACCACUUCUUUAGAUUUCUUCCUUCCACUAUCACUAUCUCUGUUGCCCUUUUUUGUCUGUCUCUUUCAUUCUCUUGUCCAAAUUUCUCUCUUUUUCAUACUACUAUUUUAAAAAAAAAAAAAAAACACUUGUUCAAAAUCACUACAACAACUUUAACAUAGUACUACCAUGUCUGUUCGAAGGAGUUUGUUGAACCCUCAAGCACCCGAAUAUACCCCUAUCUCGCACGUCUCAAACACUGCCUUUCAUCCACCUUCACCGCCUAGGGAGAAUGUGACAGGUGGCCCUCGGAAUAUUCCUACGAAGUUGGUCAAAGCACGAGAAAGCGUCUCUAGACCUCGUACUCCUCCUAGGUUGAGAAAAGGAAAGGGCCGAGGUUUUUUUAAUGGGAACAGAGGUGUGUUUGGAAGAGGAAGUUGUAGUUCAAAUGAGGGUUUAGUUUGUCGGAGAAUGGAAAAUGAUGAUCAGAGGCGUAAUGUUUGUUAUAGGAAUUGGUCAAGGAACAAUGGGUUGAAGAAACAUGAUGUGAUACCUCUGAGCUGGUCACGAAAAAAUAAUACUACUGUCAUGAUAAAAAAUAUCCCAUAUGACUAUAACCGUGAAAUGUUGAUGCAAUUUCUGGAUGAGUACUGCUCAGUGGAAAAUCAAAAGGCGACAGAUUCAAAGGGAGAAAACAUUGUCUCUGCUUAUGAUUUCUUGUAUUUGCCUAUGGAUUUCAAAAGCAAGAGAGGCAAAGGAUAUGCUUUUGUGAACUUCACCGAUCACAGAACUGUGUGGAAAUUCUUUUGUGCUUUUAAUGACAAACUAAACGUGUUUCCAGGAUCUUAUAGGAGGGUUAAGAUUGUCACUGCAAAGUUCCAGGGAAAAGAGGCUUUGGUGCACCGAUUCAAGGAAACAAGGUUUGAGUGUGAAUCAGAAGGUUUUUUGCCAGUUUGGUUUAGUCCUUCAAGGGAUGGCUCUGGGGAAUCGGUGCAAAUGAUUACCGUAGGAAAAUGCAAAGCUACUCCAUCCUGCUCAUCAUUAUCUCGAUAAAUCAGAAAUCAGCAACCAGUUUUAGGUCAUAAAUGCCUUUACUAGUUAAGUUCAGUGUAGUCUGCUCCGGUAUUUUCAAAGUUGAAGUAUUCUCUCUCUCUCUCUCUCUUUACAAAUUAAAACCUAACUUCAGGUAGCUAUCUAGGGUUCAUAUUAGCUUUGUGGGGCGGAGAAAUUGAGGGUGGAUAUUGGCACCGGAAAAUCUCCUCAUCCGAUCCAUACAUUGAAUAGCAGGUGAUGGGGUCCACCUUUGCUGUUGUUGUAUGACGUUGUAAUGUUUCGUUUACGGAA